UCCACCAGCAGUUGUCACUUGUGCGGCGGUCGAUGGCACAUGUGCUGCUCUGAGUUUCUCCUCAGGACCGUCGCUCCCUCUUUGGACUAUCUCGACUCUUUUUUACAUUAACUGGCCUCAAUCCAGAAUCCAGACGUUUCCUUCUUCUUCUUCUGUGUUUGUGUCAGGCAUUUCCACGCCGCCUUUGGCAUCUUUAAUCUUUGACGGAGCGGCCCAGCUGAGGUGAAGGGGAGGGCAGCGGAUCCCAGUUUAGCCUGAGUGAGGAGGACCUGCCCCAAGAAUCAGGACCAUGAUCUGAAGAGGGCGCCGCGCUCCGAACCCCGCUCUUCCUCUCCUCCUCCUUCUCCCUGUUUUUUUUCUCUUUUUUUGUUUUUGUUUUGUUUUGGAUAAAUCUUCGGGGUGACGGCCUCCCUGUCCGGCUGCUUCCGACAGCGUGCACGGAGAGGACAAACUGAAAGAGACAUUUAAGGAGGACGACAUACAGCGACCUCUGACCUCGCCACUUCCCCCUGCUCCUCCCACCGCCACACCGGAAACAUGGGGAGGAAAAAGAUUCAGAUCCAGAGGAUCACGGACGAACGCAACAGACAGGUGACGUUCACCAAGCGGAAGUUCGGUCUGAUGAAGAAGGCGUACGAGCUGAGCGUCCUGUGCGACUGCGAGAUCGCCCUCAUCAUCUUCAACCACUCCAACAAGCUGUUCCAGUACGCCAGCACCGACAUGGACAAGGUCCUGCUCAAGUACACCGAGUACAACGAGCCGCACGAGAGCCGGACCAACGCCGACAUCAUCGAGGCUCUGAACAAGAAAGAGCACCGGGACUCUGAGAGCCCAGACCCCGAGGAGCCCUUCUCCCUCACCCCCCGCACUGAGGAGAAAUACAAAAAAAUUGACGAGGAGUUUGAUAAAAUGAUGCAGAACUAUAGGCUGUCAUCCACAGUCCCACAGCCCACCUUCUCCAUGCCAGUCACCGUGCCAGUGUCCAAUCAGAAUGCAGCGGCUGCGGCGGCGGCCCUCCAGUUCAGCAACAACCCCGGCGGCGCCCUGGUCACCACCACCUCCUUCGUCACCUCCACCCUCACAGACCCCCGCCUCCUGUCGCCACAGCAACCAGCUCUGCAGAGGAACAGUGUGUCGCCAGGGUUACCACAGCGACCAGCCAGCGCAGGAGCUCUAUUAGGAGGAGAUCUGGGGAAUUCAAACGGAGCGUGCCCGAGUCCAGUCCCAAACGGAUACAUCAGUGCCAGGGCCUCCCCGGGCCUCCUCUCCGUCUCCAACGGCAACAGCCUGGGGAAAGUAGUCCCGGCUAAGUCUCCGCCUCCACCCAGCCCUCAGAUGGUCAACAGCCGCAAGCCCGACCUGAGGGUCAUCACCUCGCAGAGCGGCAAGAGCCUCAUGCAGCUGACAGAGGAAGAGCUGGAGUUGGUGAGUGAGAAUGCUCAGCGGCUAGGCAGCUCCCAGGUGGCGCAGCCGCUCACCACCCCGGUGGUCUCCGUGGCAACACCCAGUCUCCUCGCGCCCUUCUCUGGCAUGCAGACGGCCUACAACACCGAGUACCAGCUGACGAGUGCAGAUCUCACGGCGCUCCAGACGUUCACACCACCGGGGCUGGUGCCCGGCAACAUGGCUGCCUGGCAACAGCAACAGCAACCAGCGGUCUCCCAGCAACAACAGCAGCAGCAACAGCAACAACAGGCGCAGCAGCUGAGCCUGGCGUCGCUCAGCAACUUGGUCAUGUGGGGUGCAGAGAAACAGAAUGCGGAGAUGGUUAACUGCAUCUCCAGUUUUGCUGCUAACCUGAGUUUGGCCUCUCAGUCCAACUUGCUGUUUGGCCGGGAGGAGGGCCUCUGCUGGCCGGUGGGUCACAUACCUCAGGGCGCCGCGCUGACCGUCAACACAAACCCGAACAUCAACAUCAAAUCCGAACCCGUCUCACCAAACCGCGACCGCAGCACCCCCAGUUCCAUCAGCGGCGCCGGGGGAGGCGGAGGAGGCCAAGUUCAAGUCCAAGGGCAAGGUCUGGUGUCGGUCGCCUACCCGGGGACGCUGCGCCUGGAGGUGGGAGGUCAAGGCCGCUCGCCAGUCGACAGCCUCAGCAGCAACGGCAGCUCGUACGAAGGCAGCGACCGGGACGACGGCACCCAGGGACGAGGCGGGGCUCCGGACUUCCUCCACCAGGCCGGCGCCGGGGGCCAACAGGCCACCAUGGUCCUUCUGCGGCCCCCGUCGGCCGAGCCCCAAGAGCAGGACGGGACCAACGUCAAGAGAAUGAGACUGGACGCCUGGGUGACAUGAAGAGGAGGCGGCAGAGGGACGGACGGACGGACAGAUGGAGGAGAGGAUGUGUACUUGUGGCUUGUGUACAUGCCCCCACCAGCCCUGAUGCCCCCGAUCUCCUCCGCGCACACACACACACACACACACACACACACACACACACAUAGAUACCUGCCAAUGACCCAGUAACCUUCUGUCCACACAGAAAACGCUGACCUCACACACACACACACACACACACACACACACACACACACAAGCAUGCUAACACCAUCACUGACACACUUGUAUGGCAAUGUGCACACACAUUCAAACUCUAAUGUACUUCACACACACACACACACACACA